CGAAUUCCCCCCACCUCAUAAUUCCAUUGCGAUCGAGCGAACUACAUGUUAUAGCCCAGCCCACACACACACAUAUAUUUUGCAAAACGCUAACUAGCUGGAACACAUACAGAAUUUAGUUUGGUUCUUUCUUGCGAUGGAGUGGCUACCAUUCUCCUCCUGCCAGUGCCUGGCGAUCUUCCUCCUCUUCAUCGUAGCCGUCCCUUGUUCCUCCGCGUAUUCCUUGCAUCCCACGGUGGCCUACUCGAUGAUGGAGCACCGCGACCACACCGGAAUCUCACCCUUUCGCGUACUGAACAGGAGAGCGCUCGGGCAGUGCCCCGACCUAAACCCCUACCUUGGCAUCCAAGUCAGCAGCGGCAGCUCCGCCCUAGCUGACGAAGAGUACGUCACGGUCACCGUCAGCGGGGUUCUGCUGCCGUCGGAGCUGGAUUGGGUGGCCAUCAUAUCUCCCUCCGACUCCGAUGUGUCCGCCUGUCCAUUGAAGAAAGCCGAGUACGUUCAGACGGGAGACCUUGCUGAUCUUCCUCUUCUCUGCCACUAUCCUGUUAAGGGACAGUGGGUGAGCCAUGAUCCGGAUUACCUAGGAUGCAAGAAAGAGCAGUGCCAAAAAUGGAACGGCCCCGUGUGCGACGUGUCCACCUGUAACGGCACCAUAACCUUCCACGUGGUCAACUUCAGAACCGACGUUGAGUUUGUCUUCUUCACCGGCGGGUUCGAUGCGCCCUGUAUACUGGCCAGGUCCGGCCCCUUGAAAUUCGCCAACCCAAACCAGCCUCUCUACGCCCACAUUUCCAGCAUUGAUUCUUCAGGAACCUCGAUGAAGGUAACGUGGGUGAGUGGAAGUGAAGAGUCACAAGUAGUGCAAUAUGGGGACGGGCAAGCAACAGAAUCAGAGGCCACAAUUUUUACUAGGGACGAUAUGUGCACCUCUGUUCUGCCAAGUCCAGCCAAGGACUUCGGGUGGCACGACCCUGGCUACAUCCACUCCGCAAUCAUGACUGGUCUGAAGCCCUCCAGCUCCUACUCCUUCAAAUACGGCAGUGCGUCGGCAGGGUGGAGCGACGAAAUCAAGUUCAAGACUCCACCUGCUGGUGGGUCAGAGGAGGUCAGGUUCCUCGCCUACGGUGAUAUGGGGAAAGCCCCACGCGACCCUUGUGCAGAGCACUACAUCCAGCCUGGGUCCCUGGCGGUGGUGGAGGCUUUGAUGAAGGAGGUGGAUUCAGGGGACAUAGAUUCCAUCUUCCACAUCGGAGACAUCAGCUACGCGACAGGGUUCCUGGUUGAAUGGGACUACUUCCUUCAGCUUAUCAGCCCCAUCGCCUCCAAGGUCCCCUACAUGACCGCCAUAGGAAACCACGAGAGGUGCUCCAUCCACGCGAGCGACCUUAAUUGCUCACUCUGCGCAUACUUGCUAUACUAAUCAAUUUCUCGGCUUCAGGGAUUACACCAACACUGGAUCGGUUUAUGGCACACCUGACUCUGGUGGGGAAUGUGGGGUUCCUUACGAGACAUACUUCCCAAUGCCAACCUCCGCCAAGGACAAACCAUGGUACUCCAUUGAACAAGGAACCGUUCACUUCACCCUCAUCUCCACUGAGCAUCCCUGGUCGGAUGGUUCCCAACAGCUUGAAUGGAUCAAGACUGACUUGGCUUCAGUAGAUCGAUCCAAAACGCCUUGGCUGGUUUUUGCAGGGCACCGACCCAUGUACUCCUCUUCCAACCCAACCAACGCAGACUCCAAAUUCGUGGCUGCCCUAGAGCCAUGGCUGCAGCAAUACAAGGUUGACCUGGCGCUGUUUGGACAUGUUCACAACUACGAAAGGAUGUGCUCUGUUUUCCAAGGCGCUUGCCUGGCCAUGCCUACAAAAGACGAUGAUGGUGUGGACACUUACGAUCACGACAAUUACACUGCACCAGUUCAUGCUGUCAUUGGGAUGGCCGGCUUCUCUUUGGACAAGUUCUCAGACACUUUGCCGCCUCCAAGUUGGAGCUUGAGAAGGAUCGCAGAGUAUGGCUACUUCAGAGCUCAUGCCACAACAAGUGAGAUCAAUUUAGAGUUUGUGGACGCAAAUACACUGCAUAUUCAUGACAGCUUCCGUAUUAUUAAAUCAACAAACUAAAAGAGACAUGUUAUUUACGCAUUGGGAGUUCAUGGAACUCUCUGUUUUUCGCUUCCGACAUAUAUAAGAUUAAUGGUACAAAUGAUGUAAAUGAAUUUUAAUUGUAUAAGGCAUGGCAAGCUCAGUGUAUGGGUGUUUAGUAACAACAAAAGGUGUUGGUUUUACCAAACUUAACAAAUUGGAAAUAUGGAAGACUCAUGAUUUACGUGGUUUCUUUGAGUUCGGGACUAGUUUUUAGUCACCCCUUUCUAUAGUAUCUUGUUUCAAACUCUUGGUAUCCCUCUAUAGGGAUUUGGAUAAACAUGUGGCCAGAUUUUGGUGGGACGGUUAGUCUCAUAUCUGUCGGAUAUCCUAGAAAAACUUGUGCUGCAAUAACCAUGAUGGAUAGGGGUGGCUAUACGGUCCGGUCCGGUUAAAUUGGUCCAA